AUGACCAAAGGCAGGCCGAGCGAAGAGGCUAACAGGGCAGAAGAAGAGGUCGACCAAGCGGACAAAGAGGUCGACCGGGCGGACGAGGAGGCCGACCGGGCGGACGAGGAGGCCGACCGGGCGGACGAGGAGGCCGACCGGGCGGACGAGGAGGCCGACCGGGCGGACGAGGAGGCCGACCAAGCGGACGAGGAGACCGACCGGGCGGACGAGGAGACCGAGCAAGGAAUUUCCAUUGCCACUAAAAGAAAUGUUGAAAUUAUUCAAGAGGAAAAACAACUGGAUGAUGUAAAUAUGAGUUCUGAAGUGGAUCUUGAUAGUUCACCAUUUGUCGAGGGAUUAAAGAAAAAACAAAUUGCAUUUGUUGAUGCUUAUGACCGAGCUCCGAAUCUGAGCAGCAAAGUUCGAGUAGACUUAAUGGCCAAGCGGGCAAGCAGUAGAUUGGCCGACCGGGCAGUAUGGCCAAGCAAGUUCGGCCAGACAGAGAGCCGACCGGGCGAGAGGCUAGCUGGGCGAGCAGACAGGUCGAGCGAGAAGCCAGUCGGGCUAUCAGACAGGCCGAGUGAGAGGUCGGUCGGACUAACAGACAGGCCGAGUGAGAAGCCGAUCAGGCGAACAGGUAGGCCGAGCGAAGAGGCUAACAGGGCAGAAGAAGAGGCUGACCAGGCGGACAAAGAGGCCGACCGGGCGGACGAGGAGGCCGAUCGGUCGAACGAGGGGACCGACCGGGCGGACGAGGAGACCGAGCAAGCUAACCGAAGUCUGCGAUUGACGUAG